UUCUCUGGUUUUCCCUCUUCAAGUGCGUUUUUAGUCGCAACACGAGUCAGUCACGCGACGCACACACCAGCAGCCCCCCGGGGGUCAAGGUGUUUGUGAUCGGGUGAAGGGAUCUCACAGAUGAAGAUCCAGCUGCAGUGCCCAUUCUGGUUCUAGAACAGGUACACUGUGAUCAAGAGCCCCUCCGAGAUAGAACCCGCAGGACAAUAGUUGGGGAUUAUAUAGAAACCUGGAGAGGGGGCCGGCUUUGUGGAAGUAGUGAUUACUGACCAGAAUGACAGAGCUGAUAUUUAUUGAGCCUUUAUUAGACGCCACACACGGAGUAUUUUAUGCGCAGCUUAAAUGUUUAUGUUGUUAGUCCACCAGGACGGGUGCACACUUCCCGUUUUACAGUGAGAGAACCCGCACCCUGGACACAUUAACUUACCCCAGAUGUGAUCUAGUAGGAGAAACUGGAGCCCCAGGGGGGUGCGUCUGAAUCCACAGCACUUACAUCUGAUGGCAUUAGUAGCACGCAGCUCUCUGUUUGCUGCAGGAAUGAACAGUUUGCACUGUGGCUUUGGUCUGGGGUUUCUUCAGGGCUCUGCAGAGUUCGGUAUCGUUUUAACCUUUUGUGGUAGCCAGUUUUGUAUUUCCACGUUGGUUCCGAUGGUGCAGCUGAGUUGAAAGGAAGUGUUGGGAUGGGGGAGUCAGUUGGUCAGAGUUUGUGUUUUCUGUGCAGUCCUCACAUGUAGGGAUGAAGACCGAUUGUAUUUUUUUUUUUCCUUAAGUUGUUCUCUGAUUCAUCUGUCAUAAAGUACGUUGAUUGCAGUGUUGCUGUCCGUAGCAGUCGCCAGGUGUCUUUGGAGCCCAGUUACUGGAUUUGUGGGACAUUUGGGCUGAGUGACUUAAAGCACAAGGAUUCGGGUUUCACUCUUUACUCCAAAGUGGCCUUGAACUUGGCGGUGAGGCUGAGGUUGGCCUUGAGGAUCUCACAUUCGAGAUCCUUCUGCCUCAGCCUCCUGAAUGCCAUAUCAUCAAUUUUGAAUUGCUGAGUGGAUGAGGCACCAUUGCCAUCCGUGUAUAUAAAACUUGACAUCUCAAUAACUAAGAUUCUCAGAAAACAUCUGUGUCAAAGACAGUUGGCAAUAAAUAGAUGGAGCCAAGAUGAGUGAGACCAGACGCUUCUUCAAGAGCUUACAGGUAAUGUGAGAGAAAAUAGGCUGCUACCAUGAACGUGACCAGAAAUGUGGUAGGCCUUUUGGCUUUGAGCCAGCAGGAAGAACUAGUAGAAUUGCCAAACCACUACCCUUUGAGUACAAGUGAAGAUGAGGGGGACAGUGAUGGAGAAAGAAAAUGUCAAAAGCUUCUGGAAGCAGUCAAUUCCCUUGGUGGAAGGAAUAGUUGGAAAGUAGCUGAGAGAUCCGAAGCUAGUCUGAUGGUGUCAGAGUUCAAUGUCACUUCUGAAGGGUCAGGUGAAAAGCUGGUUCUAUCAGAUUUGCUUGAGUCUGCUACAACAUUAUCUUCAUUGGCUACUGUGAAGAAACAACUGCUUAGAGUCAAGUCCAAGACUCUCGAGAUACCCCUUGACAAAAAAGAGACUGACCAGAUCCUCAGGGAAGCAGCAUUCAGCAAAACGUCACAAAUGCUCUCCAAGUGGGAGCCCAUUGUUCUGCAGAACCGGCAAGCAGAACAGCUGGUUUUUCCCAUGGAGAAGGAGCUGCCAGCUGUUGCUCCCCUUGAACAUGUAUUCACUGGCUGGAAAACAAGAACCCCCCUGGAGCAAGAAGUUUUUAAUGUCCUUCAUAAGAAUAAGCAGCCAGUAACAGACCCUUUAUUGACUCCUGUGGAAAAAGCCUCCCUCAAAGCCAUGAGCCUGGAAGAAGCCAAGAUACACCGAGCAGAGCUUCAGAGGACACGAGCUCUGCAGUCCUACUAUGAGGCAAGAGCUCGAAGAGAGAAGAAAAUCAAAAGUAAAAAGUAUCACAAAUUUAUAAAGAAAGGAAAGGCCAAGAAAACCUUAAAAGAGUUUGAGCAGCUGUUGAAGGACUGCCCAAGUGCUGCAUUGCAAGAACUGGGAAAAAUGGAAGAGGCUAGAGUGAGGGAACGAAUGAGCCUUAAGCACCAGGGCAGUGGAAAAUGGGCCAAGUCAAAGGCAAUUAUGGCCAGAUAUGACCUGGAGGCUCGCAAAGCUAUGCAAGAGCAACUGGCGAAGAACAGAGAACUGACACAGAAACUCCAGGUAGUUCCAGAGAGUGAGGAGGAGGAGGAGGAAGAGGAGGAAUACACAGGAGGAGGAGUAAUCCCUACCUCUGAUGAGGUGAAGGACCUACAGAUGCAUGCAGCUGGUCUAAAUCCCUGGAUGCUCAGGAGUUGCAGCAGCGAUGCACAAAGGGGUGAAAUCAAGACCGACCCUGAACAGCUGCCCGAACUGGUGGCCAGGGGGUCUUCUGAAAGUGAGGGAGAUGAAAGACCAGUGGCAGAACUUUUGUUGAAAGAAAGAUCUUUUCAACAAAGAGUUGAGCCCAACAGUGCUAAGCCAGUGGGUGGCCAAGAAACAGAAACAGAAGACUCUAAUGGCCCUGAUGUAUCUGAACCAAGGGUAUUGUUUCAGAAACUCCACAAGGAAAACCAUCAAUCUGAGAAGCAAAAGGGGAAUUCAGAGGGAACUGUUCUCCAGGUCCAGAGAGAGGAGCUUGCCCCAGAGGAGAGCCUGGUGUUUCAAAGGCUCGAGAGAGCACAUGUUCUGGAAGAACAAGGAGAGCUGGGCAAAGAGGGACCUUAUCAAAAAAGGGGGCUUCCCAGACCUAUGUUAAAAGGAGAGUGGAAGGAAAGGAAUCCACAUAGCAUAGCUGAUUCCUCUAGAAGGAAGAAAAAGAAGGAACAAAUGAUUGACCUACAGAAUCUCCUUACUGCUAGAUCUCCUGUGAAGUCUUGGGCAGUGCCCACAGUCGAGGAGUUGGAAGAUGAAGUGGAGACAGACCACAAGCAGAUAAUAAAGGAAGCUUUUGCUGGGGAUGAUGUCAUCAGAGAGUUCUUAAAAGAGAAAAGGGAAGCUGUAGAGGCAAGUAAGCCAAAGGACUUGGACCUGACAUUGCCUGGAUGGGGUGAGUGGGUUGGUAGAGGCCUAAAGCCCAGUGCCAAGAAAAGACGCCGUUUUCUUGUUAAAGCUCCUGAAAGUUCUCCAAGACAAGAUAAGAAUUUGCCAAAUGUGAUUAUCAAUGAGAAGCGCAAUAUCCACGCAGCAGCUCAUCAGGUGCAGGCUGUUCCACACCCAUUCACCCACCACCAGCAAUUUGAGAGGACUAUCCAGAACCCUAUUGGGUACACAUGGAACACCCAGAGGGCCUUCCAAAAGCUGACAGUUCCCAAGGUUAGCACCAAACUAGGACAUCUCAUUAAGCCCUUAAAAGCAGAGAAUGUGGGCUACUCUUCCUCAAGGUCCGACCUCUCUGUCCUACAGAGCAGUCACAAGCGGCUCUCCAGAAAGCAGCUAAAACAGCUGAAGAAGAGCUCUGCACAUUGAGCUGCUAGGGGACUAGCAUCUUUGUUCCUGGGACUAGGAACCUUGAGUGUUUCUUUUGGUUGCUUCAUAGUGCUUCAGGGACAUUUCCUAAAUUGACAACACUGUGUAGUUAAGCCACAUUGUAGAAAUAGGACAUUUUUGUUUCCAUUCCAUUUUGAGAUUUGUAAUAAAGUCAGAAAUGAUCCAUUCAUGGCCAAAAUGACGACACCAAGUUAGUACCUAUGUAGUACCUAUCCUAGGAUUAAAGAGGGAUCAGUGAUGGACAGAGAAGUUUAGGCUGGGACAGAGCAGAGGAAGCCUGGACAGCAAAGAAUGCUCAAUUAGUUUUGAUAUUAAGUUUAGAUAGCUCCUUAAUCAAACAUUCUGAGAGGCUAAGACAAAAGGAUCAUUUAGUUGAGGCUAUAUAGAGUGAGAACUUGGUUUAAGAAACAAAAUAAACAACCCCAAAAGUAUUCUAGGAAGAGUUAACAGGCAGAAUGAACAAAUUUAGAGAUUUGGAGAACACAAUGAGAAUGAAUAGAGUUCAUUUAAGAAUAAAGUGACAGAAUUGGAAGUAUUGAAAAGGGCCUUAAAUGCUUUGCAGAGAGAAUUGGAAUUACAUUUUAUUUCUUUUCUCUUAGGCAAUGUAGACUUAUUGGUGAUAGGUGUGGUGACAUGUGUUAAAGGAGUGUGAGUGCCAAGCUGGCAGUGUGCAUGCAGGAUGUGUUGAUGGAGGAAG